GUUAUUGGGCUUUGACUUUUAUCAAGUUUUCGUCUUUAGAGCGAAUGAAACAAAAAAAUCGACCUAUUUCAAUAAUUUUCUACUAACGCUUAAGGAAUCUUCACACUUUUGAAAAUCCAUCUAUUUUCUAUUAGCUGUGAAAGAAAUGAACAUGCCGAUUAUGAUUUCUACUUUUUUUUUUCAAAAUAUCGGUGUUGUCAAAUCAAGUUUUCGAUUUCGAUAGUGUUAUAGUUUCGAUGUUUCUCGUUCCAUAAACUGUUUUUCGAAAAUUCGUACCCUCCUGCACUGUCUAGUGUCUACUGUCUAUGUGAUUGUUAUUUCACUAAAGUUCAGAUGUCGAAAUAGCAGAGAAAGUGAUUAGAAAUUACGAAAAUCCAGUAAAAAUGAAUAAAUUAAAAUCGUCACAGAGGGACAAAGUGAAGAAGUUCGUCGCUUUCACGCAGACGAGCGAAAGCACAGCUAUAUAUUGUCUCUCACAAAACGAUUGGAAAUUAGAUCUGGCCAGCGACAAUUACUUCCAAAACCCCGAUGCGUACUACAAAGAUUCCAUAAAAACCUCAGUGGAUAGAAAAAAGCUUGAACAACUCUUCAACAAAUACAGAGACCAACAAGAACUGGAUAAAAUUACGGCAGAUGGGGUCAUGAAAUUCUUAGAAGACCUAAACUUAAGUCCAGAGUCAAUUUUAGUUUUAAUUAUAGCGUGGAAAUGCAAAGCAGCUGUACAAUGUGAAUUCACUAAAGAUGAGUUUAUUAUGGGCAUGGUUGAGUUGGCUGUUGACGGAUUAGACAAAUUAAAAGCUAAAUUACCAACAUUAGAAUCAGAAUUAAAAGAUUUAAAUAAAUUUAAGGAUUUUUACCACUUCACAUUCAACUAUGCUAAGAAUGCUGGUCAGAAAGGUCUAGAUCUAGACAUGGCGAUAGUUUAUUGGAAUAUUGUAUUGCGUGGAAGGUUUAAGUUCUUAGAUGCUUGGUGCAAGUUUCUCACAGAGCACCACAAAAGAUCUAUACCAAAAGACACAUGGAAUCUUUUACUAGACUUUGCAACACAAAUCGACGAUGGCAUGAGCAACUAUGAUGCUGAAGGUGCUUGGCCCGUAUUGAUUGAUGACUUCGUAGAGUGGUGCCAGAAGCAGGAAUUGACCUUGGAUGGGGUCAAAGCUUUAGAGCCGGUGUCUGGCUAGCUGAUGGCCUUUGGCUCACCGCCACUUGAAGUGACAGCUCCGAACAUUGAACAAGACUAUAGUUCUACGGACUGCCCAUCAUCAACACUGACAAUGUCCCGCUGUUUUGUGUACACCAUUGGGCUAUAUACCGUACAGUGGCUAGUGAUGUUCUUCAUUAUAGAACUGUGUAGUUGAUUUAAUCGUGAAGUGCACAUAAACUUGUUGAGGUUUAUUAGAUGUUGGUUAAGACAUAGUGUCCUUAAUGUUGCACAAUGUGAUUGAUCCUUAUUAACUUAUGUCAAGCAUCAUACAGACCUCUUAAAGGGUUUAAAAAUGGAAGGAAGGUGUAAUGCAAACUUUAUGUGCUAAUGAAACUUUCAUUAACCAUCUAUAAUUAAUAGAUAAAAUUAAUUCUAUUUUGAACAAUUUUGUGUUUAGUGUAAAUAUGAAAUUCUUUGUUUAUUACUGUUAAAAACAAUUGUAUGCAUAUAACACAAUACUUUCACACGGAUAAUAAAUUUUAUUAAUGUCAAUCUAAUCAAAUAAAUCAUAUAUUUAAGUGUCAAACUAAUACUUUCUCACAGAUCAUUUUUGUCUCUUAGCUUUUGUCUACCUUCAUUUAGAGUCACCCUUAGUUCUCCACAACAUUUUUUGCACACUAUCGGACAAUGAGGCUUGAGAUACUCUGCAUUGCCAUGCAUGUUACCACAAAAUAUCAAUCACUUUGCAACAUUUUAAUGAUUACCUACCUAAUUAAUUAUUUGUUGUAUCGGGCACCUUCAAUUGUAAAAAGCUACGAAUUUUCAUCUGUUAGACAUUAUUCAGAUUUUAUUAAUAUUUUACCUAUUAUGGUAUAAUCCCUGAAAUUUGUAAAUAAUAAAAAAAAAUAUUCUGAAAAAUAAAAAUAUUGUUCUUAAAAUUGUUGAACAUGAGUGAUCUGCAAACUGUAUUGCCAGCACUAUAACGUAGUUGAGUUAAAAAUAUUGUAAAUAUGUAUAAAUUUUUAUUGAUAUUAUAUUUUUAUAUAUUUAAAUUUCA